AUGGAAGUGGAAACGAAAAUUGAUGAUAAUUAUUUAUUUGUGCUAACAGAACCUGCUACCGUAUUAUUAGUUGCUUGCACGCUCGAUGCAAAAGGGCGUAUUUUUCGGGCUGAUGAUGGUAUGGCUUUAUUACUCGGAUACAUUUCCAUGCGAGAACUUUUAGGCAUAGAAAUAUCAAAACUUAUCCCCGCUUUACAAGUUGAGGUGGAUAGUGAAGUGCAGCAUGUUUGCGCAUUGGGUGUUCAUGGUAAUUCAAUUCCGGUUACUGUGAAGAUUAAUACCGAAAAGGAUCCAGAAACACAACGACCACUUUUAUAUGAGUUAAAAAUUCGAGCAUUUUCCACUGUGAGCGGUAUUGUCAUUUUGACAGAAUCCGGCGCUUUACAUAGUUUCAAUGAAAAUUUUAUUGAAGCAUUGAUUGGUAAAAAGCAAAGUGAAGCGCUAAAAGAUAUAACUCAUAUCACCGAUAUAAUUCCAAAAUUUCAUAGUCAUCUUAUGGCUUCACCAUUAGACGAAAUACAUAAUGAUACGGCGAUGAAAAUUUCUGAUGAACAAUUCGAUUAUGCUGUAAAUAAUAAAGAUACAUUUCAUUCUCAUACACAUUCAUCAGUUACAUGGCUGAUAAAUGAUCUAACCUUAUCAUAUCAUAAGAUGGAAGAAACGGGAAGUGUUGUUAGUAUCAAUUCCUCACAUUCAUCCAUUUCAUGUGCUGAAGAAGUAUGCUCAUCAAAACCCUCAACAAGCUCACAACUUAUUGAAAGUAUUCAACUCUGUGAUAAUAUUCAACAAUGGAAUGAAAUAAUAACUGAUCAGGAAUGUUGUAAUAAAUCAAUUACAGAAGGUUCAUUCUAUGGUUUUGCAAAACAUUCCGAUAGCAAUUUGAUUGCCAUAUGUUUCAAUAUAAGGCGACUGAAGCCAAGUAAUGGCGCAACUUGGGCUGUUUGUAUCAGUUACAAAAAGACAGUUAAUUUUAAUUUUUUUGAUCAAACCGAAAAGAAAGGAUCAAUUAUGGAAAGUAUCUGUGAUAAUGGGCAAGAUAUUUGCGCCCAUAAUAAUGAUAAUUAUCAAUUAGAUUUAAAAGUUGAAAAAAAUCAAACGACUACGGCUGAAAAAGAUGAUGAAAAUGCUCAAGCAGUAGCUGGUGAAUAUUCAAAAUAUUAUAAUACACAACAUUUGAUUGGUAAUGGUGCUUUUGGUUCGGUAAAAUUAACCGCUCGAAAGGAUACGGGUAUUUUGGCGGUUGCAAAAUUUGUUUGUAAAGCAAAAGUCUUUUCUGAAAGUUGGGUACCAAGUCCUAGACGUGAUAAUCGAGUGGUACCAAUAGAGCUUCAUCUUCUCGAAACAUUAUCACAUCCAAAUAUUGUAAAGUUAUUAGAUGUUUUUGAAAAUGAUAUGUAUUAUCAAUUGGUGAUGGAAAAACUUGGCUGUGGAAUGGAUCUAUUUGAAUUCAUUGAGCAGCAACCGAAAUUAGAUGAACCACUUAUAAGCUAUAUUUUCAAACAGGUUGUUAGUGCAGUAGCUUAUCUUCACUCCAAAAAUAUUGUACAUCGCGAUUUAAAAGAUGAAAAUGUUAUUAUUGAUCAUAAUUUUUCAUGCAAAUUAAUUGAUUUUGGAUCAGCUGCCUAUUUUGGUCAUAAUUUUGUUUUUUCAACAUUUUGUGGAACAAUGGAAUAUUGUAGUCCUGAAGUUUUGCGAGGAAAUAAAUAUCGCGGUCCUGAACUAGAAAUGUGGUCUUUGGGAAUUUUAUUGUAUACACUUGUAUUCUUCGAAAAUCCUUUUCGCAGUUUGCAAGAAGCUAUGCACGCUAAAUUUGAAUUUCCAUGGGAAGUAUCAGAAGGAUUGUUUGAAGUAAUUAGUUGGCUUCUACAACGUGAUCCACAACAUCGAGCUACAAUACGAGAUAUUAGCAAUCAUUGUUGGGUAAAGCAAUCAAUUGAUUUGCAAAAAUAUAAAUUUAAGGAUGUGCUUCAAAAAUAUGAUCAUCGUUCACAAUUUGUUCCAUCGGAUCAUGAAACAGAAUUGAUAAAUGAUUUGAAAAUUACGCCAACUUGUUUAUCAUCAUUAGUAAUUGAUGCUAAAUCGAAUGCAAGAAAUGGAAUUGAGAAUUAA